CUCGCGGGUUUCUACGUCGACAGCGUCUGCGUGCCCACUGAGCCGCUGACCAUCGUAUUGUGCCCGCAGCGCACGCCAUCGAUGCGCCAUUGAUCGCUGCAGGGCGGGAAGCGGACGAAACCAGCGCUACCCACACUUGCUCUCUGAAGAGGAGGACUGCAGCCGUGGAUGCCGCCACCGUGCGCUGCGUGCGGCCAUCAGUACUGCGGCAAAAGAUACAGCGUCCGAGACACGCACGGCUCGCAGGGCACGUGCACCGAAAAUAACUGCUGCCGGUGCGACGGCUACGACGGCUGCGACGUUUGCGAGAGGUAUUACAAGUGCUGCACGUGCCGCGCCGCAGCGAUGCCCGUGGUCCUUCGGACUCUCCCGGGCGCCUGGCUGCAGCAAACCGAGAAAGGCACGGCCUGGAAACUCUCCGAUGACGACGUCGCAAAAAUCACGGGAGCAAAAGGCCAGCGCAAAGUAAUACUAAGAGCGGCGGCGGCGGCCGGCUGCGUCGUGCUGCGGGAAAGCGCCGCCGCGACGACGCUCGGCGACGAGAGCGACGCGAGGCGCACCAUCGACGAGGUCGCUUUAGCUUCUCAAGCCGAGCUGCCGGCCGACAAUGAGCGAGACGCGGCCGUCCGGGAGGCGGCGGCGAUAGCGAAGGACGUGGACUGGGACGUCUGCCGCCUUUGCGUGAGGAGCCUCGCUCUCGACCUUGGACAACUGGAAGACCACCUCCAUGACAUCGACGAGGACGAACGGCGCAGGAGCCACGUGGCUGCGUCCGUAUGCUCUCGAGCUUGUGGUAUGUCAGAUAUUGAACGUCUGCAGCGCUUGUACCUGAGACUCCGCUUCAACGCGUUUCCUAUUGAUGGUGGUUUGGCUCUAUUCAAAGACGCGUCUGCCUUAAAUCACGACUGCGCGCCGAACGCGUCGUUGUCGUUUUGCCAAGGGCAGUUGUCCGUCGUCCUGGGCCGCGAUUUGAAGGAGGGUGAUGAGGUGCGCAUCUCCUAUUUGUCACCGCGCGCGCUGCUCGCGCCGGCCAAAGCGCGGCGCGCGGCGCUGUAUACGGGCUUCCUCUUCCGCUGCGGUUGUGUGCGCUGUACAUCUAAUAAAGUCUUGGACGCGCCCGCCGUCGACGCCGCCGCCGAGGCGCUGGCGAAAGGUCUGGUCGACGACCGGCUCGGCAGGGCGCUCGCGGUCCUCGCCGACGACUGCCUCGGCGCGGCCACACCUUUAUUAAGGGCGGACCUGCGCCUGCUCGCGGCGAAGGCUUUGGCGAAGAGGGAUACGGCGGCGGCCUUCGGCCUCGCGCAAGACGCGCUGCUUGACUUGCGGCGGGCGCUCGACGACGAGGACCCACGCGUCGCCGCCGCGGCCGCGUUCGUGGUCCGCCUCCACGCCAUCGACGCAUCUAAUCUAAUGUGACU